AUGCGAGGCUGGUACUUUCUCAGCACGGUGCUUGGCACAUUCCCUCUCGCCCAUGGAGACCAACACGAGCUCAAAACGCGGCAGAACGGCGGAGGGAAUAGCAUUCCCAUCCAGAUCGCCAACUGGUGCAGCACCGACAUCUGGCCUGGCAUUCUGACCCAAGGCGGCAACGGCCCCGGCACCGGCGGCUUUCACCUCUCCCCAGGAAGCAAUCAGUCCCUCAGCGUUAGUAGCAACUGGCAGGGCCGCAUCUGGGGUCGUACAAAUUGCACCUUUGGCAACGGUGGAGGAGGCUCAGCAUGUUCCACGGGCGACUGUGCAGGUGCACUCUCGUGCCAGAUCGCCGGCCAACCUCCGGCGACGCUCGGCGAGUUCACCUUGCAGGGCAGCGACAGUCAGACCUUCUACGACCUGAGUUUGGUCGAUGGCUACAACAUCCCGGUCGCCAUCGUCCUGCUCUCCAACGGCAACAGCCAGCUGCAAAGCCUGGCAGGCAACAAGACGAACCCAUCCUGCGUCGCGAGCGUCGGCGACUUCGCCGCGCAGAGCAAUUUCGACCCGUACACCGGCGGCCAGCAAUUCCUCGGCACGAGCGCCAGCGAUCCCCUGCAGUUCGAAACGGCAAACUCCUACUCUGCCGUCGCCGACUGGUGUCCCUGGGACUUGCAAGUCAACACCCCAAAGGCGCCCGGUAAUGGCGUAUAUCCUUAUCCCGACGGCAACGUGCAGCGCCCGCCUUUCGACCCGUGCUACUCCGCCUGCGCAAAGUACAACUCAGACCAGUACUGCUGCACAGGCUCCUACGACGGCCCAGGCCUCUGCCAGCCAAACUACUACUCCAAAGCAGCAAAGUCCAUGUGCCCAGACGCCUAUUCUUACGCCUACGAUGACGCCUCGAGCACAUUUGUCGUCCCGCAGGGCGGCGGAUUUCAGGUCAUCUUCUGCCCAGGCGGGAGGAGCACGAAUAUCCUUGGCCUUGAUACGAAUUCGGGGUCUUCGUCGAGCGGCUCGAGGGAUGCUCUGGUUAGAGUUGGCUGGCUUUUGAUCGAUGCGAGACUCCUGAAGGUGGGAUUGGCUUGGGUUUCGGUGGCGGUCCUCUUGUCCUAG